GGGGCGGCGCCGCGCGGCUCGCCGGGAAGCGUAGUCCGUGGCUGGGCGCUUGCGGUCGCUUCCUGUUGUCGGCGCACAGCGCUGCCGGGGCCGCAGAAUAACUGUCAGUGUCUAGAAGAAAGAAGUGUAUUCACCAGAUAUGGAGGAGGAUACAAAGCCUCUCUUGAUUCCUGUAGGAGGCGAUGAAAGUAAUUAUGGAAUCAUGAAUAUACAGUUUAAUCCAGAAGAUUUUAAAUGCAAAAGACCAUUUCAUGUGGAGCCUACAAACAUAGUCAGCGCCAAUGAUGACAUGCAAAGAGUCUCUGACGAAGCUUCAGCAAUGAAUAAGCGGAUUCAUUACUAUAGCAGGCUCACAUCUCCUUCAGACAAGGCAUUGGUUGCUCCUGAUCAUGUACUUCCAGCUCCUGAUGAAAUCUAUGUAUAUAGUCCAUUAGGAACUGCUUUUAAAGUUGACAGUUGCACAGAUGGCUACGGUAAAAACUCCAGUAUAGUGACAAUAUUUGUUAUAUGGAACACAAUGAUGGGCACAUCUAUAUUAAGUAUCCCAUGGGGAAUAAAACAGGCAGGAUUUACUUCUGGAAUCAUUCUCAUCAUACUGAUGGGCAUUUUGACACUUUAUUGCUGUUACAGAGUUGUGAAAUCACGAAAAAUGAUACCUUUAAUAGAUACCUCGAACUGGGAAUUCCCAGAUGUUUGCAAGUAUUAUUUUGGAUCUUUCGGUCAAUGGUCAAGCCUCUUAUUUUCUAUGGUAUCACUUGUUGGAGCCAUGAUCGUUUAUUGGGUGCUUAUGUCCAAUUUUCUGUUCAACACAGGAAAGUUUAUAUACAACUUUGUUCAUGAUAUCAAUGUAACUGAUAUUGUUCCAGGCACAAAUGGAAGUAACAAAGUCAUUUGUCCCAAUGCUGCUAGUGAUCACCCACCACAGAACCGGAGUAUGAUAUUCUCUUCUGGCAACAGUACAGAUUUUCAGCUCUUUGAGGAGUGGUGGAGCAAAUCACAAACAGUACCAUUUUACUUGAUUGCUGUUCUUCUACCCCUGCUAAAUCUGAAGUCUCCAUCCUUCUUUGCAAAGUUUAAUGUCCUAGGUACGGUUUCAGUUAUCUACUUAGUUCUUUUGGUUACUGUAAAGGCUGCUCACCUGGGAAUCCACUUAGAAUUCAACUGGUUUACAGAGAAUGAAUUUUUUGUACCAGAAUUUAGAGUUCUGUUCCCUCAGCUCACAGGGGUUCUAACACUUGCCUUCUUCAUUCACAAUUGUGUCAUCACUCUUCUUCAAAAUAACAAGAAUCAAGAAAACAACGUGAGAGACCUCUCCAUUGCUUACUUCCUGGUGGGAUUAACAUAUCUGUAUGUUGGAGUAAUAAUUUUUGCAUCUUUUCCUUCUCCACCACUCUCCAAAGAAUGUAUUGAACAGAAUUUUCUAGAUAACUUUCCCAGCAACGACAUCAUGUCUUUUAUUGCAAGAAUAUUUCUGCUGUUCCAGAUGAUUACUGUAUACCCACUGUUGGGCUAUCUGGCACGGGUUCAGCUAUUAAGACAGGUUUUUGGAAAUGCUUACCCAAGUGUUUUCCAUGUGCUUGCUCUGAACAUAGCAAUUGUAGGAGCUGGAGUAGCAAUGGCAAGAUUUUAUCCAAAUAUCGGAGGUAUCAUAAGAUACUCUGGAGCAACGUGUGGUCUGGCCUUUGUGUUUGUGUAUCCAUCGCUCAUCUACGUGAUCUCCCUGCAUCGUGCUGGGCAGCUGACGUGGCCAGCAUUGAUCAUUCACAUCUUUAUAAUCCUCCUUGGACUGGCUAAUCUGAUUGCACAAUUCCUAUUCUGAAAACCCCCUUCUCCCUGUGGCUGUCACAAGUGAUACUGUGACAUUUGGCCACAGCCUUGAGCAACAUUAUCAGACUUGAUAAUGCAGUCUUGAGAAAAGCUGCACCUUUGAAAUAAAUUCAAAACACAUCUUACAGGCACUUGAAAGAAAACCUGUUUUGUUCCACUAAAAACACAAUUUUGAGAUCAGUGAAAUAGUUCAAAUAUGAUUGGGGUAGUUCUGUUAUUGUUGAAUGUACAUCAAGGGUUAAUGAUGCUCAGAUAUUUUAAUUUUUUAGAGCUAACUUCUCAGAACUCUCAGUUUUCAGCUUUAAGCUGUAGAACUCCUUUUUGUUCUGGAAGGACUGUCCUUACCUUUAAUCUGAACAUGCUUCUAUGGUUUUGUUUAUUAGCUGUUUGAAAUGUUCUUUUGUUGCAAUUGUUUUACUGUUUUGUUUGGAAAAUGAAGAAAUACACAUAAUUAUUUCAGAUUCUCUUGUUUUUGUCUGUUGGAACUUUUUGUGCCUUUAAAUCAAAAUUGAAGAGUACACACACCAUCUGUUCUGUAUUGAAAUUAUUUACACCACCCUGGUUCCUUGUGUAUUCUUACUGUCCAGUGCAUGAUUUCCCUAUUGCCUGUGGCUUGUCGGUCCACCCUUUUCACUGCCUCGCAGUGAGUACAGCUGAUGCUGCUGACACCGUUAGCGCUGGCCUACGCAUUUGCUCUGCAGGAACUGGGUCUGACCCCUUCCAUAAUAUUUCAGUUAAGUUUCUUACUUGAAUGUCUAUGCAGUCAUCACUGUAUGUAACUUGGAUGACUGCAGCUACUCCUUCUGAUUAUAUUCUUCCAUGUUCCAUUCAGACUUGACUACACAAGUUAAAUCUUUGCUGUUGAGGCUAAUAGUAAAUGUUUCUUGAUAUCAUCAAAAUUAAUUUCCAUUGUGAUGUAGUAGUUCAACGGAAAUUCCCAGGUAAGACAGAGUUCAUGCUGAUGCAUCUUAGUUGUAUCUUCUGUUUGUCUCUUUUCCAACUGAGCAAAAUACAAUCAUCUAAUUUGAUUAAAAUUUAGAGGGAAAUUAUCUGUAUCUUCUUGAAAGCCUGCUUUAGAUCUGGGUUGCACAGAGGUUCUUGAUGCACUUCAACACCUUAAAUUUUAAGUUGAUAAGUA